UUGUGCUCCGUGUCUGGCGGUCAGCUCGAGCCAGCAACGCUCCUGCGCGAUCACGACGCGUUCUGACGGACUUAACGAUGCUUUCAUGGGUCAGGUGGACUUCAGAAACAUGAUUGCUGAAGGUCUAGCUGUACAGUGCUUCCUGUUCUUUCUCUCAGGAGAAAACAUGCGACGAUCUCAACCAAUGAACAGUCCGAAUGAGGAGUUCACCAUAUCAGAAUCAAUCCUACAAUUCACCCGUCAUAUUCUUCAGUGUGGCUGACGCUCGGAUAAAACGGAUAUAUGGACCAAUUCCAGGAGUUAUCAUUGUUUUUAUUUUUUAUUUUUUUAUGGAACAGCAGGAUACGAGUCUGAUUUUUCAUAUUUCAUAUAAUCAAAAUAAAGAGAAUCCCCCUGUCUGAUGAAGGGUGAACUUUAAGAUUUUCAUAUGGAGGAGAUUUGUAAAUCCUCUGUGUGUGUUAGUUGAUUCUGGAGUUCCUGUGUGGGUUCAGGAGGUUCAGAUCGCUGCAGAGAUGCUCCAGACUAAUAACUACUCGCUGGUGUUGCUCAUCCAGCUCGCACUGCUGGCCUUUGACCUGUUCGUCAACUCCUUCAGUGAGCUCAUUCGGCCCGUCCCGGUCGUCCAGCUAGUGCUCUUCAUAAUCCAGGACAUCGGCAUCCUGUUCAAUGUCAUCAUUAUUCUUCUCAUGAUGUUUAACACAUACGUGUUCCAGGUGGGACUGGUAUCUCUGUUACUGGAGCGAUUCAGAGCGCUGCUCAUACUGUGUGCCCUCUAUCUGACCCUCAGCAUCUGCUUUCACUGCUGGGUUAUGAACCUGAGGUGGAUGGACUCAAAUCGUUUCGUGUGGACAGAUGGCCUUCAGGUUCUCUUUGUAUUCCAGAGACUUGCUGCUGUAUUGUAUUACUACUUCUACAAACGCACAACCGAGUACCUGGGUGAUCCCAGACUUUACGAGGACUCUCCGUGGCUCCGGGACGCGUUUGCUAGAGCGCGACAGUGAACAUUGGGAGCACUGGAGACGAGAGAGAGUUAAUAGAAACAGUCUGUGUGUGGCUCAAGAGGAGCAUUAUUGCUGAACGAUCCACAAUAUAAUUCCACAGUUUUGUACAACGCAUAGAACUCUGGAAUCUGGAUCUUGUGUUGAAAACAAGCGGCAAAGAAAUGACCGUUCAUCAAAGAAGUUCACGAAUCCAAGUGGAUUUUAAGUGGCGAUUAAAUAGACACAAAGCAAACUUUUUUAUGCAAAUGAAAGAGAGAAAAUGGCUUUCUUAGACCAGACAGAAACGAGGUUCAUAUUAUUCUGCGUCUUAAAUAAUGGAUGACGAGAGUAAGAAGAAAGAAAAGUGACCAGUCUGAAUGUCUCAUGUCAGUUUACAGCUGAAAAUGUGUUCUGUACUUUUAUAAGUUGAACCUGACAAUCAGAAUUAAGGUAAAGUUUAUACUAGUGGCACAAACAAAACACAUAAAUCAUGUUUGUUUUCACACAAAUUGUUUCCCACUUGUCAGAUGUAUUACUGAUAUUUUGUUGUAUAAUGUGUAGUGUUUUCUGUAAUAGUUUUGAUUACUGCUGGCAGCGGUGAUUUGAUUGUACAGAUGACCCCAGUGUGGUUUCCUAAACUUUAGUUUGCAUUUGGAGAAGUUGAGUUGGAUAGGUCUGAGGAAUUAUUUUUAUGCAUUUUUUUGUAUGUUGCACCAUUUUUUAAAAAAUGUAAAAUGUGUUUGUUUUUGUCCAAACAUGUAAGAAUUCUGUUAAAGGGAUACUUCACCCAAACAUGAAAAUUCUGUCUUCAUUUACUCUCCUUCGAGUUGUUUCAAAUCUGUAUAAAUGUCUUUGUUCUGGUGAACACAGAGAAAGAUGUUUGGAAGAAAACCAAACAGUUCUUGGCCACUAUUGACUACCACAGUAGGAAACAAACAAUGGUAGUCAAAAGUGCCCCAGAACUGUUUGCAUUCUUCAAAAUGUCUUCUUUUGUGUUCAACAGAACAAAAACAUAUUAAACAAAUUUGUCCUAGUCAAUGGGGGGCGAGAUCUGUUUGGUUAUAAACAUUCUUCCAAAUAUCUUUCUCUCUGUUCAUCAGAACAAAGAAAUGUAUACAGAUUUGGAACAGCUAAAGUGAGGAAAUGAUGACAGAAUUUUCCCUUUAACUCUUAGAAUUUUGUGAAUAAGUAAAGUGCCUCACUCUUAACACUCUUAACACAGAGUUACCAGCACAGUUUCUAUAAUCUUGUCGGUCCACAUGCUCUGUUAUAAUUGUGAUUUUCUGUCACUGCUGACGUAGUAAUAAUAGACAUUU